GUGAUAUAAACCUAGCGUGUUUUUCUUUUUAAAUGCAAACAGAACUGUCUGAGUACUGAAGUUAUCGCAGAUACUGACAGCCAGAAGGGGAGAAGUCAAGAAAGAGAAAUUUUAAAACAACAUUAAGUAAAAGAAGAAAUUAAAUAGAUAAAAAAAAUGAAAGAAAAAGUGUUGAACAUAUCGACUGCUAUAUUAUACGGAAUAUCAACUGUUCUUUUGUAUGUCUCAGUUAUUGGUGAAACAUGGGUGAAAAUACAGGACCAAGAUGGCUCUCACGUGCUUGACACUGGGCAAAUUGUCACUUUAAAUGGUGAAGAGCAUGCGCAUCAUGGAUUGUGGGUGUAUUGCCACACAAGUAAUUGCAAUCAAUCAGCACAUUUCCAUUUCGAAGAAAAUCAAAUUUGGUUUCAAGCUGCACAGAUUUGUGGUGUCAUGGCAACAGUAUUUGGAACAAUAGGUUUUAUCGCUUCGUUGAUCCGACUUUGGGAUCCGACCAUCUUAGGAGUAAUGAUGACAAUAGAUAUGUUUAUAGCCUGCAUAUGCAUCACUAUAGCUUCCUCUAUUUUUGCAGACAAGGAAGAUACAAAUGAUACGAAACAGGUUUUAAGAAGAGUAUGGGGUUGGACUUUCAUAGUUGCUUGGUUCACCUGUUUGUUAACCCUCGUAGCAAGCGCACUGGCUUUAGUCACAGUGUGUGGUAACGUUGAUAGAAAAGAAAAAUACAGAGUUUCGUUUGCUUGAAAUAAAAUAUGGCUAACAACACAAUACAUACAGACACACACCAACACGUCAUCUUAUUCUAUAAUAUAUGUUAAUAAUAACAAUUUUAUUUUUAUAUGUUUUAAACAAAUCAGUACGAAUCCAAACUGUAUACGGAUAUUUAGGGAUUAACAUUUUAGAAAAAUAGAAUUUUGCUCACUGUUUAAUGAACUAAUACAAAUUCAUAUUUUUC